AUGGCCCAGGGACCACACCAGAACUUUGCCCAGCUGUUGGCUGAGACUCGCGCUCUCACAGGAGACGAUCCAUCGUUUGCUGCCGAUACAGGCCAAUCACAAACUCUCAGUGUUUCUUCGAGGUAUCGCGGCUUGAGCAACCCUUCAUUCAGCUUUGCGCUGGCCCAGCAAUCGCUCGAACUCAUGAGUUUGGGGCUCUCGACCGACGUUUAUGAGGCAAUCCCAGGCUCGAGGACCUCUUCGGGACCUCAGCCAUCCAGAUCGUCAACCGUUAGCCACACUCAACUUCCUCCUGACCCUCUGCGUGAGAUGUCAAGAGACCAGACCCAUCAUUUAAUCGACGUCUUUGAUGAUGAAGUCGGCCACGUAUACCCGGUCUUGGAUAUAGUUGCUGUGCAUCAGAGUGCCGACCUCCUCCACAACCUCAUCCAACUGGCGCGCCAGACUCGAAGAGACGAGCCCCUGGACUACAAACUCUCUGGGGUGGAGGAGGUUGAGAUUGACAUAUUGCUGGUGGUCUUGGCGAAUGGCUUGUUUUUGCAAGAGCAUAGCCAGAGCAAGCUGGGUCUCCGGCUGUUUGACGUGGUCAGAGGUUCGAUGGAAAGGCUGACAUCUGCGGCCGAGGUCAGGACUCAACAUAUACUGUUUCUACUUCUCUCGAGUAUAUCCUACUUUUGCCAGGACGAGGAAAUUCUUGCUUGGCGCACCGUCGGCUUGGCUGCCCGGCUGAGUCAAGAGAUUGAUCUCCACCGACUUGGAACUAUAUUAACGACAACUCGCGCGGGCGACGAAGGGGUAAGAAUCAUCCGGCUAUUUUGGUCUAUCUAUAUACUCGAUCGAAGGUGGAGUCUAGGUACAGGACUCCCAUUCACGAUAAAAGAUUCCGAUAUCGACAUGUCCCUCCCAAAACCUGACGAGGGAGCUGGGUACCUCAGAGCCAUGGCCGAUCUGUACCAACUGACAGGGCGAGCAUGGAGUUUCAUCUCUGGUGGUACAAGCAAAAUGAAUGGCCAGAGGGAAGUGAACUCCGAACCACCACCGAACCAGCGCAUGUUGGACUAUCUGCAAGGACAAUUUCUUGCGUGGCACAGGUCACUACCCCUCUCCCUGACCUUUCAAAAUCCAAAGGGCCGGGCCAUGCCAGAUGACCGCGAGGUUGAGCAGCCCCGGCGGCUACAGAGUCUACGGGCGCAACUCUAUCUCCGUUCCAACGAGAUGCGCAUCCUGCUGUAUCGUCCUCUUCUCUUCUCGCCCAACUUGCUACGACCACGUCUGGCUACGGCGAAGAUGGUGGUAUCGACUGCCACAGACUCUAUCAGGGUUCUCUGGCAUCUACACAAGAUGUCUGGUCUUUAUGAAAAGCUUCAAGUUUGCUUCAACCAUUUCCUGGAGUCGUCAGUUGCCGUUCUGUUUCUCGCUCUGGCACAUGCACCCUACCAUUUUGCCUCUGCUAACAAGGAGGGUAUUGGACUGGCCAAGGAAAUCAUAGGCAAUUUGGCGGCUACGUCACCCGUAUCAAGGCGACUUUAUCGGAGAAUAAUGCAUCUUGAGGGUCUGGCCAACGGACUGCAGGUGAUACAAGGCUGUGGCAACCUCUACCAGCCUUCCUCCCGUCCGCCUCUCCCACAUACCGAGAUUUUCGACGUGGCGACUCUGUCACAGGAGCCGCAGUUAUAUGAGAAUGCAACAGAUUGGUCAGAUGAGGCAGCACAGGAGCCUGAGUGGUUGCCUCCUCAUGUUGGUGACGAGGUUCAUGGCACGCUUCUGAGCAACGUCGACUUUAGUGGGCAGAUACCGCACACGGUUGAAGUUGUGGACAGCUUCGAACCACAGUGGGAAGAUGGAGCAUUCGAUGGGCUGUUCACGACUCUUGCGUCUAUGUAG